GAGUUCAAAACUGUUCAUUAUGGCUUCCCUCUGAUGACCCUGAGAAGCGGGCUGUGAAGGAUUCCUCCGUGAAAAUGACAGUCUAGGCCUCCCAAAAGGAUUACUAGGGUUCAAUUCGGGUUCCUCAAGAGACCGACAUUAUGCUUGUCCAAGAGCCAGUUCAGGCUGCAAUAUGGCACUGCCUGAACCAUUAUGCAUAUGUCGAUGCAACAUUUCUAGCAGAAAGACUUCUUGCAGAAGUGGACUCAGAUGAGGCACUGCACCUGGUGGCAACAUCUUACUACCGGUCAGGGAAGCCCGGUAGAGCAUACUCUGUCCUCCACACUCAUGGCACACGCACACCGCAGCUCAGGUUUCUUAUGGCCAGAUGUUGCUAUGAUCUUGGGAAGUUGGAGGAGGCAGAGACAGUCCUGACGGGGGGGAGUGUUCUUCAUCCCAAGACUGUGGAUGAAUUAGCAAAUGAGUAUGGAGAUCUAGCAUGCUUUGCCUUGCAGCUCUUGGGACUCAUAUGCGCUAGAACAGAAAGACUGUUAAGAGCAGCAGAUGCUUUCAAGAGAUCAUUGAAGCUCAAUCCAUUUUUAUGGCAGUCAUUUGUUGCACUCUGUGAUCAGGGGGACAAAAUUGAUCCCUCAAAAGUUUUCAGGUUGGACUUGUUAGAAACUUUUUCAAAUUGUCAUGGUAACACGGUGCUAACUUUAGUUAAUAGUGCCAAUCCUGCAAACAAUGUCAGUGUCAACUCGGACUCAGGAGUCACCAAUAAUAUGUUAAAUAGUGUAUCAGUGAAUACCCCCUCUGAUGGUGUUCAGCAGACUCACAUUCCAACUCCUGUUCAGAACACUCCCAAUAAUUUAUUACCCAUUAUUAAUACACCAGUACAGAGCCUAAGUAAUAUGAGUACUCCAGUACCCAUCUCGUCUCAGAAUACUCCUGUGGCUGUAAUGGUCACACCUGUGCAGGAUAGAGGUGGUGGGGACACUGGUGAUGGAGUCUUUCAGGCCCCCAAAAAGAAAAAGUUUGUGAGAAUUAAGAGCAUGUUGGGAGGACCGUGGUCGGUGAGCCCCAUGACCCCCAGCUUUGGGGUACUACCUCUGGAUGUUACCAGCCCUGUUGGUGACAAUGAGCAGUCACCUCUAAACAGUUCUGUGGCCUUCCUUACGCCUUCACCACUCACCCUUUCCCAGCUAGACACUGAACCAAACACCAAAGUUCCUCCACCAAUAAGUAAAAGGAUAUUAUGUAGAACAACAAAAGACUCUCCCCUUGUUUUAAACAAGCCUGCAGUGUUUGCACCAGCUGGGAAUAAUAGCAACUUCCAAAGCCCCCCAACUGGGCAGCCAAACCCCAAUGUUCGCAGAUCAUCUAGACUCUUUGGCAACAGUAAUUCUGUUAAGGAAAACAACAAAAGCCGCUUUGUAGCACCAAAGUCUCCUGCUAGGAAAGCAAAAACUAGAUCCUCCAAAAGUCAGUCCAGCUUGUCAGAGUUAAAUGAGAAGAACAAGAGCGAGAACCAAGACAUCAUUUCGCCGUCAGACAAACCACUUUUGGAGAAGCCAACCACUCCACAGAAUCUCGCACAACAAGCACACGCAAUACAGAAACAGUCUGCUGAGGGCUUGAUGGCACUUCUUCGGGAUAUGGGUGCAGCUUAUCAACAGUUAGCACAAUACAACUGUGCCCGUGCUAUAGAGCUACUUACUGCUCUCCCCACGCAACACUACCGCACUGGCUGGGUCUUGUCACACAUUGGCAAGGCACACUUUGAAAUGAACAAUUAUCAACAGGCAGUAAAAUAUUUCAGUGAAGUUAGAGAAAGAGAACCACACCGACUGGAUAUUAUGGAAUAUUAUAGUACAGCGCUAUGGCACUUGCAGAAAGAAGUUCAGCUAUCAGCACUUGCUCAGGAUCUGAUAGAGGAAGACCGGGAAUGUCCCCAAGCCUGGUGUACGACUGGGAACUGCUUCUCUCUCCAGAAGGAGCAUGAAGCUGCAAUUAGGUUUUUCUCAAGAGCCAUUCAGGUUGAUCCAAACUUUGCAUAUGCCUACACUUUGUUGGGCCAUGAGCACAUAGCAACAGAAGAGUUGGACAAGGCUUUGAGUUGCUACAGAAGUGCUGUCAGAAUAGAUCCACGGCACUACAAUGCAUGGUAUGGUAUUGGUUUAGUAUUGUUCAAGCAAGAAAGGUUUGCUCAAGCAGAGUCUCAUUUCAAGAAAGCACUUGGUAUUCACCCGCACAGUUCUGUUCUCAUGUGCCAUGUGGCUGUGGUGGAGCAUGCCCUUCAGAAGAGUAGUGCAGCACUUGCGACGCUGAACCGUGCACUAGCUGUAGAACCCCGCAAUCCACUUUGUAAAUAUCACAGAGCAUCUAUCUUGCACGCAACAGAUCACCAUCAAGAAGCCCUCGCAGAGCUAAAUCAGCUUAAGGAGAUAGUUCCUAAAGAGUCUAAUGUCUAUUUCCUGCUAGGGAAGGUGCACAAAAAAUUGGGCCAGACCCACCUCGCAUUAAUGAAUUUCUCAUGGGCCAUGGACCUUGAUCCCAAAGGUGCCAAUAAUCAGUUCAAGGAAGCCAUCGACCCAGCCAUUAACCGUUUCCCUGUGGACGAUGAGGACACCACCAAUAAUAACCCACAUGAUAAUGGCAGUGAAGCUAGCUCUUUGGCUCCAGCAGAAUCAUCCCAGGAAUCACUCAUACUAGAACCACAGCAAUUACCAAACAUGGAGAGUUUAAGUGAUGACAGCUUAUAAUAAUGGCAUUUUUAGGCAUCAGAUAUUCUAUACAAGUUUUGAAGUGUUGUAAAAAGGAUUGAUGAUUUUCGUAUGUUAGAAAGGAUGCUGUAAAGAAAAAGUUAUAUAAAUCAUUUUGCCAUUGUAUAUCUGUUAGAAUGAAAAGAAAUACUUAUUAAAAAGUAAUAUAGGCAAAAGAUUGGAAUAUUUAUAAGGAACUAUAAGCUAAGAACAGUGAAAUUAUCUGCUACAGUUUUAGUGCCUGGUUUAUGAGGGUAUCAGAACCAGUAAGAAUUUCAAUAAGCUUGCAGUAGUCAUGUCAUUAGAGGAGGUGUAAUUAGCAUUCAUCAUACAGACUUGUAAAUGUGUGAAAAAGUCAGUAUGUUCUUCCAAAUAUAUAUUUUUCUUAGUUGGGUUUCAAGAAACAGAAAAAGAGAAAUUUUUGUUUAACCCCUUACUGAUGGGUCAUGUGUAUACCCAUCAUAACAAACGUGUGUGGUCUACGGGGUAGGCUACACGCGUAGGCAGGAGGUUCCACUACAUGUAGUGGACUCCCGCAGCCAGCCGCUGGAUGUUGCCAGAAAUCACCGAGUUUAUGAUGCAGAGAGAUUUCUGAUACCCGUUACUGAGGGGUUAAUGAAGGGUUCUCAUUGGAAACUGUAUGUUUACUCAGAUGUGAAUUCUUUUUGUUUCUUUUACUAAAUUUCUUUACUCAAACAAAACAAAUGGAUGGCUUUUAAGUUUCUGGCCUUUUACUACUAGUCAGCACAAUAUAGGUUUACAUGAGAUGGCAGGUAAAUGAAUCUUAUAUUCUAAAGACUAGAAUGUACUCGAAGAGAAGAAAUUAUACUCCAGAUGGAGCAAAUUAUGAAGGAGCAAAAAUUGGAACUAAUUUAGUUAUUAUUCUUAAGAAGUUAAAAGGCAAUCUAUGUGAUCUGUACAUUUUCUCGUAUAUCAUUUUAUGAAUGAAUUCGAUUUUUUCUGUAUUUAUUUGUUUGACAUAAUACCAAAUGAUUUGAUUAAAGGAGUUUUAUUUGUAAAAGGAGAAAACAUAUUUGUACUUGCUGUAAUUAAGUUAUAAUCUAUUACAUUCAUAUAUUUUUAUUCUUAAUAAUUGAGACAAAAUACUUAAUCCAUAAUUUUUUUGAAAGUCUUCAAGUAUUAAUGCAUUUCUAUUUACCUAGUCUCUUUAAAGAUAUAAUGUGAAUUAAAAUGUCAAAAAUACAUGUGGAAGAAAUUGUGUGAGGCAAUAUGCACAUUCUGUAUUAGAUCAGAUUUAAUUGGGAUAUAUCAAGAGUAAGCUUACUUAAAGAAAAAAUAAAUUAAUGAAAAUAAAAAUGAAUGUAACCAGUGAUAUACAAACCAAAUGAAAACAAGAAUCCUAAACAUGUACACAGACAGAAGUUGAUCUCAUCUUAAAAUUUAUGAUCAUCUGACUGUAGGAAAUAAAUUGGCUAAUGCCAGCAAAAGAAGUUCAGGAUUGCAAACCUCACCAGAAGUAAGGUUAUAUUCAACAUUUAAAUUGUUUUGUUGCUGGCAGUUUGACAUUAAAUAUCCUCUGGGA